AUGGCGUUCGCAAUCACAGGAUUCAACAUUGGCAUCACCGUCUUCGGCGGCUGGGCAACCAUAUUUGGCUUAUUUUCCAACAUUCUCAAGGAUAGGUAUUACCUCUCUGAGGCAUUACUCUCGUUUCUAGCUGGUGCAGCAUUUCUCCCGGUCGCAAAAUGGCUAAACCUGGAAAUAUAUGAGAAUGCCACCGAAAACCUAAACUCCUUCACUUUGGACUUCAGCCGCCUGGUGCUGGGCGUUCAGCUUGUCCUGGCUGGUAUCCAGCUGCCGGCAGGGUAUCUGCGGAUGGAGCUUAAGAGUCUCGCCAUUCUGCUCGGGCCUGGCAUGGUAGGCAUGUGGGCAUGCAGCGGCAUCGUGAUGUGGACGUUUAUCCCCGGCAUUUCGUUUCUGCAGGCUGCCGCCAUUGCCGCCUGCAUCACGCCCACGGAUCCCGUCCUUUCUACCAGCAUCAUCAAGGGCAGGUAUGCCGACGAAAACGUGCCGACGGAGCUACAACAAUUAAUCAUUGCCGAGUCUGGCGCCAACGACGGCCUUGGAUAUCCGUUUCUGUUCAUCGCGCUCUACCUUAUUAAAUACACAGCCGGUGGUGACAAUGUUGACACGGGAGCGGGACUGCAGACGGCUCUUCGUCUUUUCCUCGGCGAGACAUGCGUCUACGUGGUUCUGCUCAGCGCCCUCUACGGCUGGUGCGUGGGGAGCACCGCGAGGCGGCUUCUGCAGUGGGCAAAGGAAAAUAGCUUUGUAGAGCGCGAAAGCUUUCUCGUCUUUGCCCUUCCCAUGGCACUGUUCAUCACGGGAACCUGCGGCAUGGUUGGCAGCGACGACGUCUUGGCCUGCUUUGUCGCGGGGAAUGCCUUUACCCUGGACGACUGGUUCCGGCUCGAAACACUGCAGGACUCUCUCCAGCCAACGGUCGACAUGAUGCUGAACAUGUCAAUUUUCAUGUGGUUCGGGUUCAUCUGUCCUUGGGAGAAGCUUUGGUCCAGCGACUUGAUGCCCUGGUACAGUCUGGCUGGUCUCGCAAUCGGCAUCUUCUCCGUGCGCCGCCUUCCUGUUAUUCUGGGCAUGCAUCGGCAUAUUCGCCAGAUUGAAAAUGCCCAGCAGGCGCUUUUUAUGGGAUAUUUUGGGCCUAUUGGAGUCUCUGCCAUUUUUUAUCUUUAUGUUGGCUUGGAGUUCCUGGAGACUGUCAGGACGGGUGAUGAGCAACGCCCAGCUGCCAAGCGAUUGGGAGAAUCCAUGACUGUGGUUAUAUGGUUCUUGGUAGCAUGCAGUAUUAUCAUACACGGACUGACGGUACCGGUAGUCAAUAUCUGUAAACACUUCUUGAGGCCGAUCGACGGACGCGUAGCGCUACCUAUGUAA